GUUGCGCCCAUCGCGGCCUGUUUGGUUUGUCUCAACUCGUCUUCCUCCUGUCCAGAUAUCUUGGGUAAUCGGUGUCCCUUCAAAAGCUAGGUCCACAACACUGGAAGAAUGUCAGAUGCUGGCGAUUUGCCGUCGACAUCGACUGCUGACUCAGUUACGGUGGCCAGUCGCAUCCCGUUUGCUGAGCUUGCUGGCUUCCUGGAAAAAGUCCAAAAGAAGCACGGCACAGACGGCAAGAGACAGAUGUUUCGUGAGUUUCUUGAGAAGUGGCGCGAAUUUCACAAACAGCUGCACAAGAAUAAUCUAGAUACGAAAGACAACUUCUACCCCGUCUUGAGGCUUCUCCUACCCCAACUGGAGAGAGAAAGGGUUGCCUACGGGAUCAAGGAGCAUACCCUGGCCAAGCUCUACAUUGAAAUCCUCGGUUUGGCCAAAGAAAGCACUGAUGCCAAGAAGCUGCUCAACUACAGGGCGCCGACCGCAAAGCAGGAAGCUGGGGACUUUGCCAGUGUCGCGUACUUUGUCCUAAGGAACAGGUGCCCUGAGAAAGGAAGUUUGAGCAUUCAGGACGUCAACACCUGCCUGGAUGGCAUAGCGGCCAGCAACGCCGCAAAGAAGAAAGACGUAGUCAAGAAGAACCUCAUGCACCUCUUACGGAACACUAGCGCCCUCGAGCAAAAAUGGCUUGUCAGAAUGAUCAUGAAGGACAUGAAGUCUGGACUGAGCCAAGUGUCCAUAUUCCAUGCUUUCCAUCCUGAUGCUGAAGACUUUUUUAAUGUCACAAACAACUUGUCCAAGCUUUGUGCUGACUUGAGGGACCCCAGUGUGCGGAUGAACGAAGUCGGAAUCUCUGUCUUCUCAGCGUUCAGCCCCAUGCUGGGCAUGAGGGCAAAUCUCAACCAGGUCGAGAAGUUGAUGGAGCACAAGCCCUUCUACAUCGAGACGAAGCUGGAUGGAGAGAGGAUGCAGCUGCAUAAGGAAGGAAAUGACUACAAAUACUUCUCAAGACGAUCACAUGACUACUCUCGAUCGUUUGGUGAGACUCCAGAUGAUGGCAGCCUCACUCCCUACAUAACAAACUGCUUCAAAAGGAAUGUUCGUAACUGUAUCCUGGAUGGAGAGAUGCUUGCCUACAAUCCAGACACGAAGACAUUCAUGACGAAGGGUGAAAAUUUUGACAUAAAGACCUUGAAAGAUGACGAAGAUCUCCAAGUCUGCUACUGCGUGUUUGACAUUCUUCUCUACAAUGACAAGAAACUGGCCAACCUCCCUCUUCAUGAACGAGUCGAGUACAUCAAGGAAGUGUUCACUCCUGUUGAAGGCAGACUUCACAUUGUGGAGAGACGGGAAGCAAGUUCAAAGCAGGAGGUCGUGACAGCUUUGAAUGAUGCCAUCGACAACCGGGAAGAAGGAAUUAUGAUCAAGAACCCCAACACCACCUACCUGCCAGACAGGAGGAAAGGCAGUGGAUGGCUGAAGAUCAAGCCAGAGUACGUGGACAAUCUUAUGGAUGAGUUGGAUCUCUUGGUGGUAGGGGGUUUCUUUGGCAAGGGGAUUCGAUCCCAGAUGGUAUCUCACUUCCUAUUGGCUGUUGCUGAGCCCCCAGAAGUGCCUGGAGAGCAUCCUGUCAAAUUUAUUGCCUUUGCAAAGGUUGGGUCCGGUUACACACUUAAAGAAUUGUAUGACUUCAACCAACGCCUGCUCCCACACUUGAAAGUCUUUAAGAAGGAAAACCCUCCUUCGUUUCUCCAAUUCACGAAGGAAAAGCCAGACAUGUAUGUCAAACCACAACAUUCCUUCAUUCUCCAAGUGAAAGCGACAGAAAUAAACUCUUCAACAAGCUACCCAACUGGGUGCACGCUUCGUUUCCCGCGGGUGGAAAAGGUGCGAGAGGACAGGGAGUGGCACCAAUGCAUGACGACGGAUGAGCUGGAAAAUCUAAGACAGGCAUCGGAGGGCAAGCUAGCAACAAAGUAUGCUGGCCUGGAGGGGGACGAAGAUGUACCAAGCAAGAAGAGGAAGGUAGCCACUCGAACGGCUAAGCCUGUCGGCGUGGCUGCUCGCUUCAUGGCCGCUGAUGUUUCAGAGGUCACAAAGGUGUCAGAGAUGUUUGCCGAGCGCGAAUUUUGUGUCAUCAACGGACCACCCAGCCACUCCAAGACAGAGUUGGAGAAGAAGAUCGUGGAGUACGGAGGGCAGGUGGUUCAGAACCCGGGGUAUGAAACGUUCUGCGUCUUAGCCGACAAGGUCAACCUGAAAGUGCGGAACAUCAUCAGCUGUGAUAUCUAUGAUGUGGUCAGAACGGAGUGGCUUCUGACAUGUUUGGAGGAGAAGAAAUGCCUUCCUUGGCUACCAAGUCACAUGAUUCACGUCUCCCCAGAAACCAAAGAACAGUUUUCAUUGCUGUACGAUCGUCAUGGGGAUAGCUACACAGAAGAUGUGGACGCGGAGAAGCUCAAGGAAAUCUUUGACAAAGUCGGUCAAGAGGGCGAUUAUCAUAUGCUCGACAGCGAGGCCAUCGCGGAGCUGGAACAGAAGUAUUUUCCCGGGGAGUCCCCCUUGGGGCUGUUCCGACUCUGCAAGGUGUACAUGGACUCAACUCUCAUCAUCAGUGACCAAUCAACUCACAUAAAAGACUGCAGCUUGGAUCUGGUUGCCAUGGAGAUGCGUUUCUAUGGUGCCACCGUCUCACCCAAGAUGGCUGAUGACAUCACCCAUGUUGUCUUGGAUCACAGUGACAAGACACGGCUUCCCUCGUACAAGAAAUUGCUGAGACAGCGAAGGAGUAAGUUUCAUCUGGUGUCGCCGGAGUGGGUGCACGCUUGCAUCGAGGCAGGCAAGAUGCUGUCAGAAAGGAGGUUUGAACUGGGCCUGCCAGCCGAUUAGAUACAAAAUAAAAAAAGGGGGAUGAUUGGAGAAUGAAGGUAGGGGAGUAGAGGGCUAGACGGUGAUGAGAUUAUGCCACGUAAAAGAAGAAACAGUUUCUUGUCCGUGAUUUGUUUUGAAAAAUGGAGGAAGUGGUUUUUUUUAAGAUGGCAAGUUUAUCAACGGUAAACAGAUUUUUGAGAGCCCUUUGUGGAUACUUUUGUGUUGAAAAGAGUUUUCAUGAAGGUUUUCCAGUUAAAACUUGCCCUAGUUGCUGCAUAUUUUGUCAGAACCAAAUAAAAAGUCCAGAUUUGAUACAAAUUUAAUCCCUAAAAAGAAAAGCUAUGAAAAAAGAACAGCUCGGGAAAAUUAAACAGCUAAUAGGAUUGGAAACAAUCUUUUUUACUGCACCAUAAAUUUUCCUUCAAAGGAAGGCACCAAAUUUCAGUGAGCUCUUACCUGAAAUGAUGUCAACAUCUUUAAUUGGGAAGUUUGGGGAAAUUAGGGUGUAAAUAUAUGACUGCGUCAAUACGACACUGCAGACAACUUUUUGUAUGAAGAGAAAUUUGUGCCUUAAAUUCAGCACAUACUGAUAGAAAAAUAUUCAUAGCGAAAUCUUUAUUUGUCUACAGUUUUCUCAAGCAAUCUUUCAGGUAUCAAAUUUAGUAAGACAAUGCAGACAGGAAACAUUGGUUUGUGAGAAGUCACUGAAAUCUACAUUUUGUAGAUUGGUACAUGCAAUUUACUUUAUCUUCCUGUUUUUUCUUGUUGUCUUCUAAAUGUAUAUGGUAUUCUUUGAUAACAAGCCUUUUGCGAGUUAAAUUUGAAUAAAAUCUGGUACACUGUGUUAUCUGA